GCCCGGGACAGGACGCCUCUCUGUCGGAGGCUCCAGCAGGCUAAAGGCUAAAGCAGCUCAGAGGCUGUAAUCCCCGUAUGAGACCAUCAUGGCUGCCACUCGCUGAGCUGUCAAGCUCUCCACAAAAGAAAAGAAACCUGUAGAAGAAUGGACUACAAACGGCGUGUCAACAAGAAGAAUAGAGAUUGGCACAAACGGCUCCACCUCAGGAAGACUGCCGUUCAGCCCCCGACUAUGCAAAGUGAAGAUAAGCAUGGACCAAAGAAGAUAGCAGGGGAGCGGGGGCAAUGCACAGCAUGGCCUUCAUCAAAGAAGCCCCCCCAGGAAGCACAACAGAGGAUGAUCGACAGCGGAAAAACACUCAGGUUCAUGUGCUCUCAGUGCGGGGACAAUGUGGAAUAUGUUCCCAAGGACUUGGUGAGACACUUUGAGGAGAAACACAGAGGGAGCCCCCCGAUGUUUCCCUGCCAUACGUGUGCUUUUAGCACACAUGAGUUCUCCUACCUUCAGGUUCAUCUGCUAAGCCACAAGGACACUUUUUCUAGCUGCAUCAUUUGUAAUGACAAUGUUCAACGUACAUGGUCUGAGUUUAGCGCUCAUCUGACUCUGUGUCACUGCCAAAAUGGCAAAUAUUCAUGUGAAACAUGUCACAAGUUCUCAACAGGCGACGUUGGAGUGUUUUUAGAGCACAUAUAUGCACACAGUUUGGGCCUGGAAGGAGCUGAUGGAGAUCUGUUGCUGCACAAGAAUAAACCUUUGAGUUGUCACCACUGUGGCUACGAGGCAUCUCACAAAUGGUUGAUUACAAAGCACAUCAAAGUCUGCCAAAACGGUAAUCAGAGGAGUAGGAAGAAAGAGGAGGAGAAGGAGGUUCAUUCCAUAGCAAUGAAACCAAAUGACCCCCCAAUCCCAAAAAUGAAGCCUAGACUUACGAGAAGUGCAGUUAGAGAAAUGUGCUGGCUGACAGAGGACUGCCUCGCUCUGCCGGGGAAAGAAUUCCUCGAUAAAUACUGCCAUCUGUCAGAUCCUCAAACGACGCUGGAGGAGACUCAGCAGUUUCUCAUGAAAUCUGUCGCUGGGGAAAGCGGUGACCAGAGAUGGACCAAGGCCCUUAAAAAUGUUUUAUCGAACGUCCCGCAGGACAUGAAUCUUCACCCAAAGUCAGAGAACGGGAUCAUGUCGAACGCGGCAGAUCUCACCGUCCUAACAGUCAAAAACAAAAUCACAGUCGCCCAGAAUGGCGCUAAAUACGCCAAAAGGUUAAAACUAGUAUCACCAGCUGAAUCUGUUCCACCUGAAAGUGCCGGAGACGAUACUCACUGUGUUGUCAACCAAAAUGGAUGUCAGUCGGAUUUAAACGAUGGCACACCUGAAACCAAACAAGAUAUUAAAGAUGUUUCAUUGCCCACCCUGAACGAGACAUCCAAGUGUGCACAAAUGGAAGAAAAUAGGGAGAACCAGGAAGUAAAAACUGAUCAGAACCAAGUGGAACAUGUUAAGAAACAAGAGGAGCCUAUGCAUGAAGAAAAUGGGAACAAUAUUUCUAAUAAGAGUGUAGAGCAGACAUCCAUUCAUAAAGUUGUACCAAAAAAUAAGAGACAAAAAGGUGGACAUAGAAGAAAGUGUAAAAAAAUGGAUGAAAGAUCAGCAGCAUUGGCCUUGAAGAUCGUGCUAAAGAAGAAUCCAGUGAAAGAGAAGCAGUGGGUAUCUCAGAGCUCCCUGUCUCCAUCAGGACGCGGUCUGACGGAUCCUGGACUGCAGAUCCCUCAUGCGUCAUCAGGAGAGACAAUAACUACGCCAUUAGAAGUGCAACAGAAGAAAUUGACCAAAGCUCUUCAGACUAACCUGCACGACCUGUCUAAAGCUGUCAUUUCAACCUCAAAGCCAGAAGAAAAGGUGACCCCGGGAUGUGCUGGAAUGCCAACGAAGUCUAAAAAUAUGGACAAAAAUAUACAGAUGGAGCUCGAUGGCCUGCAGCAUCAAGUAAUGAAAGAUGACGCAGGGAAGCCAAUGGAAACAGAGGUAGACAGGAGCAGUUCAGCUGGCAGGACGGCUGCAGAUUCGUGCCCUGAGAGCGUCCAAAUGUCCAGCGGUGACACGGACGACAGUGUGUCAGGUGAUAAGACAAGUUCAGCCGCUGAUGGAGUGACUUCUCAAAGCAGCUCCAACAAGUCCUCCUCUGAAUCCCAGCCUGCCAUUACACCACAUGGUGAGAUAAACUCUGUGGAAUGUGGCCAUUCUCUCUCUUCAGAGCAGACUGUUGACGUAGCGACAGACAGAGUUGCGCCUGCAGACCCUAGCCCAGCUUUCCUUACUUCACCUGAGUCCCCCCCUGACUCUCAAAACCAGUGGCAGCCAGCCCCAAAAAGCCUGGAGAGGACCCUGAAGCUUGUCGCCUUAAGUCCCUCUCAGCUGGUGAAGCGUCCAGCUGGAGACCAGCCUGUCGUGGUUUUAAACCACCCAGACGCCGACAUCCCUGAGGUGGCCAGGAUCAUGGAGGUCAUCAACCGUUACAGAGGGGAGGUACAGAAGGUCAUUCUGUCUCGGAGGACGGUGAACGCUCUCUCAGGCGUGAACGCAGACUGCCAACCUGAACCCACGGAGUUCAGUAAAAACUCUGUACAGGAGAGGUUUUUGUUAAAAAUGAAAUUUCGCAGGUUGAGCAGGAAAAAGUACGAGGUGGUGGGCGCCGAGUCUCCCAGCAGAGACACUGUGACAAAGUUGAGCUGCUGGUUCUGCGGCAGGGUGUUUGUAUGUCAGGACACGUGGAUGGUCCAUCGACAGCGACACUUGAUGGAGUGGAAACAGCCAAACUGUGAAGACUCUUAAACGUCGCACACACUGGAU